AUGAACCCAUAUACGACGGACCCAGACGAUAUCCCUCCUUCUGAUCUAUACGCGGAUUUGCCGCUUUAUGGUCGGUACCAUCCUAGACCAGACGACUUCCGCGUUGACCGUCAGCAUGUCAAUUCUCAUUCCGCAGACUCGUUAGCUUAUUGGGCAUCAGUUAUUGAUCUUUGCAACCAAUCUGCUAGAAUCUAUCCCGCCGAUGACGGUGGUCGCGACGUGUUUGCCCUUGGUAGCAUCAUCAUUAAAUCAAGCCACCUACAUACGCCACGGAGCACCAAGUAUACGGAGAUUGACUAUUCGUAUGCUGAUGCGAAUGAGAUCCGGGCGAUUGCUAUAGCAAAGAACGUCUUGGAAGACGUUAAAGUACCCAAAAUAUACUUUACUGGAAAGAUCAAUGGCCGCCAUAUACUGGUCCAGGAAAGGCUUCCCGGUGUUGCGUUGGCCGUCGCUUGGCCUUAUCUUUCGCAAGCUCAAAUGGAGUCCUUUAAACAACAAGCACGCGAUAUACUCCGACAGCUACACACUAUCAAGCCUACCGAUAGACGCCAGGUUCGCUCUUACGUCGUGCCUGAUCCCAACAUUCGUAGCAACGGCCGUAUCCAGCCCCUUGAAUGCGAUAUUCUCUUCUCUAAUACCAAUACCGAUCCAGACAUGAGCUUCAUGCAUAAUGACUUGACUGAUUCUAACUGUAUAGUUGAUGAUGACAGGAUUGUGGGGCUCGUUGAUUGGGAAAUGGCUGGCUUUUUUGGCUUGAAGACGGCUGGGGAAGUUCAUCGCAGGCUUAGGCUACAUGAUACUUCUUUUUGGAUGGAUCUCUAUGAACUUGACAAGCAUGAGCCUUGA